CAAGGUACGAUAAGAGAGUAAAUACAACACUAACGCCCGUACGGAAGAGGGUGAGACAGCACACAGACACGAUGCUGAACAGUGUCAUGGGUUGACAAGGAAGGGAAAUCAAUAAACUUAAGACUGGUCACUGUCUCCAGACAUCAAGGAUGGACAGAUAUGAUGAGGACAUUUAUGACAACCCCUUCUUUGUCACCCUCACAACAAAGUUUACAGAUGUGUAUGAGGAGGCCACUAGCAAAAGAUGGACAUUGUGUGUUCCCAAGUAUUCGUCUGUGGUGAAGGAGUCCAAUUUUUCUCGUGAGGACAUCAUAGAACAUGUUGUGUUAUCAUUAGAGGAUGGUGGUGAGGAAUUCAAGAGCUGGUCAAACAAGAAAUUGACUAUCACUAACGGAACUGUUAACAUUUUACCAACAAACUCAGAACCAGGAAGAACGGUUCCAAUCUUAUUUGAAGAAAUAUUCUACAACAAUAACAAUGAGAGUUUCCGGGUUCUGUGUGUCAACUGCCUGCUCAACAGAACUGGUGUGGAAUCUGGCUAUGACCAACAGGAGAAGAUCACAAAGCGGCCUACAUCAUUUGAUGAAUGCAAAGAACUUUUGUUUGGACAUCCAGGUGGACGGAAGACUGAAGAAAUGCUCACUAGGCUGCUGGAAUCAUUUAGUUUAUCAUACAACAGACUGCGGGGUGAAAGUUUCAGGAGUUUAGUGGAUGCUGCCAGUGCCCAGUUUACCAAAUCCAUGCAGACUGUUCUGAAAGAUGCUAAUGUAAGACGCACGGCACAGCACAGUCAGACAGACAUGGAUAAUCUAAAGAUGGCUGUUGAGACAUACAUUAUGCAUGCAUUGCAUCGCCACCUGUUCCAAACACUGACAGCAUGUAUGUCGAGUGAAGAUUCUGAAGUCAAUAAGAUGGUACGAAAUAGCACAGAUGUCAAGCCUCAUGACCUUGGUAUAAGGUCAGAGUUUGUUCGGAACAUUGUAUAUGCCAAGAAAGAGCUGGUUAGGAUCAACAAGUUCAGUACUCCAAUGGGGCGCCUCUCUUGUUUGAAACGAGUCGUCACCAACCUAAGCAAGCCGCUAUCUCAGAACAAUGGGGAAACUAAAGAUUCCUUGUUAAUGACGACAGAUGACUUCUUGCCAAUCCUCAUCUUGUUGGUAGUGAAAUCCGAGAUUCCUAACUGGACUGCCAAUCUGAUGUACAUGAAAUACUUUCACUUCUCAAAGAUGACAGAGGAUGAUGAAUACUCGUUUUACCUGACGACAGUGGAGGCAGCUUUGGAACAUAUACGCAGUGGGCGCCUCAAGGAAGAGGCCAUUAAGGCACACAGAAUCAUGGGAACGGAUACAGCUGACCAAAAAACUGUAGUGGGUCGAUCAUUGUCAGGCGGAACAUCAGUUGUUGACAAAUUCUUUCAGUAUGUACAGUUUGGUGACGAGAUCGCAGUGACCCAGAUGUUGCGACGACCUCAUGACUGUCAGGAUCAGGUUUCUCUCAAGUUGUGUCACCCAUUGUGUAGCUGUGAAAAGUGUGCCAAACUGACCGCACAGCACCGCACUGAUGUCAACCUUGUUACUGCAUACACACGUGAUGAUCGUGGUUAUACAGCUCUCCACAUUGCGGCCUUAAAUGGUCAGGCACACCUAAUAGAUGUGCUGAUAAAGCAUGGAGCAGUUGUAAACGCCAGUGACUACCUCAGCUACACGCCCUUACAUCUGGCCUGCCAGAAAGGUCACCAAAACAUCAUUUUAUUGUUGGUGCACUUCAAUGCUGACUGUACCCAGACAGACGGGGAAGGUAACACACCAUUACAUCUGUGUGUGGACAAUGGACAUGAAGAUUGUGUGAAGGCAAUGGUAUUUCUGGAACAGGCCAAAACCAAACUGGACGUCAACUCCCAGAAUGUCCGUGGUGACACAGCACUUCAUCUGGCAGCUAAAUGGGGUUAUGAGAACAUUGUGAACAUCCUACUCGAGAAUGAUGCCCAACCAAGCUUGAGAAACAGGAAGAAGCAGACACCCUUUAACAUUGCUCAGAGUUCUAAAGUCCAGGAAUUUCUCAAAAUGGCUGCCACCAUGCCCAAACUGGAAGUGAAUAAGAACAGAACAAAAAGUAUGGUAGACUAUGAGAUUGUUGUUAAGAAAGAAGUGGCUUUGGAAGCUCCUCAGCCCCAGACCCCAAUUACCCAUGUAGUUACCUCCCUUGACCAAGAAGAGAAUCGACAGAUGGAAAAACUGUACAAUGCUAUCAGUGAUGGGGAUCUACCAAUGGUGAAGUUCCACCUUGGCUGGAAUGACUUUGAUGAUGAAGAUGAUUUUGAGGUUUCACCUGCAGUUGGUGUGGAGCUCUGUCAUCCGCUCUGUCAGUGUGCUAAAUGUCUCCCCAUACAGAAGAUGUCAAGCUCGGGAAGGAACGGUAUCCAUAUCAACACCCAGGAUAAAGCCGGCUACUCUCCACUGCUUCGUGCCGUUUUAUGUGGGAACUUGGAAUUUAUCAAACUGUUCCUGAGGAGAGGUGCCAGUGUCAAUUGUCAUACAAUAAAGGACAUCACUCCUCUCCACCUUGCCUGUUUCCUUGGUUAUAAUGAGAUUGCCAAGGUGCUAGUCAAGAAUGGUGCCCAGACCGAUUUAAGGGACUUAGCCGGAGAUACCCCUGUUCAUAUAUGUUGUGCUAAAGGCAACCUUACACUCCUCAACUUUCUAGUGCAGAAUUCAGCUGACAUCACUCUGUCAAACCUGCAUGGUAAUACACCCCUCCAUUUGGCUGCUGCUCAGGAGAAACUGGACAUUGUCAAGCGUCUGGUCAGUCUUGGAGCGAAGGUGACUGAAGUUAACAAGGACAACCAUACUCCAGUACAGCUAGCUGUCAAGAACCCUGAGAUUGAAUCCUUACUUGCCAAGUGUGUACUCAAACAGUCACCUGUAGAGGACAAGCAAUCUGGCUCGCAAAAUUCCCCUGUAUCCAUCCAUGAUCUUUUCUCAGCCUUUGAAGCCAAGGAUUUAGGAAUGCUGAACACCUUGAAUCAGGCUAUCCGUGAAUUUGAUGCCCGAGUGAGUCUCAAAUCCACAAUAGUUCGAGAUGACUCCGAUAAAGCAGUUACUAUGCUUCGACAGCAACAUUCCAUUAGGAGGUUUGACCUGCGAGAUCUCAAGCAUGUCCAGUCCCUGGACCGUAGUGACCCUUUGUAUAUCUUUAAUCGACUUUCAGUUAGUGAGAUGAAGUCAGACAAUAAAGCAGAGGAUGGAAAUCACAGUGCUGAUGGUGCUUGUAACAAGGGUGCCAGGGAUAGAAGUCAGGGUCUUGAAGGAGCUUCAAGUAUAAUAGAAUCAUCAUCAGAUGAAAGUUUGGAAGUGAAAGAUAUAUCUUUAGAAAGAAAUAACAUCCAGGAAAAUUUCCUAGUUACAUCUGACAAAUCUGUUUCAGAAAUAGAAAACGAGGAUGUGUUUGAUAAUGGUGCAGACAAUGAGGUGGUAAGUGAAUGCCUCGGUCAACCUGAUCAUUCCAGUCAGUUUGUUGAAGGCGCAUUAGUUACACUUACUGAUGACGUACAAGUGGUCAAAGAUCUAUCAGGUUUGACCUAUACUGAAGAAACCUGUGAGGAGAGGUCAAGCACUUCAACAACACAGAUUAUAGAAUCAGAACACUCACAUAUUACAGACGAAGCAAAAGUCAUGGAAAAAUCAAGCAUUUCCAUGACACAGACAACUGAAUCAGAACUGUCUCAAAUUACAGGAAAAAGAGAAGUCAAAGACAAUAACACAGUGUGCCUUAUGAAUGAAGAGAGUUCAACUGAGUAUGAAUCUGAAGGGGACAUUUUUGAAGAGAUGGAGAGGAAUAAAAUGAGAUCUCCUCAGCUAGCCAGCAAGGCAGUGUAAUCUUGUGAUAAGUUCUGUAGAUAGAGUAUUCGUAUGCAUUAUAGUCAUUGUAAUAUGCUUGAUGGAUUUUCAAUAUUUUAGAUUUGAGCUUUGAAGUACUGUAAAAUCAUGUAUUUUCAUGGGAAUCAAUUUUUGUGGUUUUCCAAAAAUUACUUCUUGAUGGACUUUUGAUUUGUGGAUAAAUAUAGCUAAAUAAAUCUACUUAAUUUUAACAUUCAUUAACAUAUGAAUUCAGAUCUAGAGUACCCACGAUUUCAAUGAAAAUCCCCCGAAUAUUGGUGAUUUUACAGUAUUUCACAAUGUUAAAAAUUCGCUUGACAUGUACUAAAAAGUAUUAAAAAUAUUAAAACGUAAUUUGCUGACACAAAAUAAUUGAAGACUACAAAUUAUUUUGUUGAUAAAAUGUAAUUUUUAUUCUGAGGCUGGCUUGUAUUCUUAACAUCAGAUUCUAUAUCAUCUUCCUACUGUUUACAGCUUUGUGUCAAAUGAGGUUCUACUGCACAUGAUAUACAUGCACUAUACUUUAUUCCUGCUUAAUUUGACAUCAAACCAGUAUUAAUUUAAUAUGAUUGUUUAUAUACAUGAUUGAAUUGAUAAGGCCUUUUGAAAAUAAAACAUGAACACUAUUACUCCUGAAAAGAUUAUCAAAUGUCGGGUUUCAGUAAAAACACAUUUUCAAGACUCCAUUUUUAAUUGAUUGAUAUAUGCAAUAAAAUUGUAAAAGGACUAAAUCUUGAUUUUGAAUAACUUUCAAUGGUGAGUCUUAAAAUGUGUAUACCAUGCAAUGGUUUGUUUUCUUCAUUGAAGAAAAAAUGAACGGAAAAAAAUGCAUGAGACCAUGUUUAAAUACUGUUAUAUAGUACAGUACAGCUAUUUGAAAAGAUAAUGAGUUAACAUAGUGGUGCUUUGUUAAAUAUAAUUAAACAAAAAUCACUGUUAAUGCUAUGUUUGUUACAAACAAAAGUUACACCCUCCAAGCUGCUGGGCAGAUUUCACUUUUGCAUCAAAACAUCUAGAUGAGCAGAAUUUAACAUUACCCUUUGGUGAGGGGCAUAGGGUCUUUUGGUCCCUUGGUGUUGGUUAGGUAUGUUAUAUUUUUUCAUCUGUUUUAAUCAAUUGGUACUUAAGAAAUUGUUGUCAAGGUCUUGAGAGCUAAUUAAUGGCAAUUUAAUUGGUAAUAGCAAAAGUUGAAAAAGAUUGGAAUGCUAAUUAAUUAGAAAUUUAACAAUUACUAAUUAAGUAUUUAAGUGCUAAUUAUUGACAUUUCAGCCAAUAAUAUUGUUCAUUAAGGUAAAAUACCUGGCAGUUAUAACAUGUACUAGAAAAAGUUUUGAGUGCUAAUUAAUGACAAUUUAAUGGACACUUGAAAAGUCAUGUGUGCUAAAUGAAUAACAAUUUAACUGAUACUAAAAACAUUUGAGUGCUAAUUAAUGGUAAUUAAUUAUAACUUAGAAACAGUUGUGAGUGCUUAAUGAUAAUAAUUUAACCCAUACUAGUUAAUAUAUCAGUGUUAGUUAAUGAGUACUUGAUUACUCUGGUGCUGGUAAAAAAACAGAUUUAUCAAUUAACAUUGAAGAUUCAAUCAAUGAAAAGUUAUUUUAAGACAAUUAAAAUUUAAACUCUAUAUAUUUAACUAGAAUUUGCAACACAGUAAAAUUUGGCAUUCUUUGAAGUGAUAUACCCAGGUAUGUGCAAUGCUGUGAUAAAAGAUAUCUGCUUUGUAUAACACAAUGACACAAACAUGUUUUUGUUACCUACUCAAUGAUGUUCAACUCUUAAUUUUUGAAAAUAACACUAUUUGUAAAUUUUGAAAUUUGAAAGUCCCUGUAUAUAACUCAUUACUGGUUACUUACCAUAUGAAGGAUAAUGCAAUGUAGGAAUCAAUUUCCUGUAAAUUAACACUAUGAUUCAGAUCACUAUAUUAAUAUCGCUCUGUGUUCAUGGUCCGUGGUCUGUUGUCCAUCCGUCCAUAAACAAUUUUUGUUAUUGCUAUUUCUUGAAAAGUCCUCGGUUGAUCUUUCUCAAAUUGCAUAUGUAGCUUCCCUUAACUUUGAAAGUUUGUUAUUGCUAUUUCUUAAGAAGUCCUUGAUGGAACUUUCUCAGAUUCUAUAUAUAGGUUUCCCCUUGGUCUGUAGUUGUGCCUAUGUAAAAUUGAGCUGAUCAGAAAAAAACAAAACUGCCAAAAGGUGGCCAUCUUGGAUUUUGACUUUGAAAGUUUGUUAUCGCUAUUUCUUGAGAAGUACUGGAUGGCUCUUUCUUAAAUUCACAUGUAGGUCCUCCUUGGUCUCUAGUUGUGCCAAUUUGAUUUUUGGAAUGAUCAAAAAAACAAAAUGGCCGACAGGCAACCAUCUUGGAUUUUGUUAUUGCUAUUUCUGCUGAUGUACUGAAUGGAUAUCUCUCAAGUUUCAUAUGUAUGUUCCCUUUGAUCUCUCCUUGUGCUCAUUUGCUUUUGGGACUGAUCAGAAGAAACAAAAUGGCUUCCAGGUGGUCAUUUUGGAUUUGGCAGUUAAAGAUUAUCAUUUAUUUCUGCAAAGGAAUGUUCAAAUGUCUUAUCAUUAAAAGCAAAACCAGAGAAGAGAAAAAGAGGCAAAAUUUCCAAUAUUUAAAGAGCAUAUAAAGAUCAACAAUGGUGGGCGCCAAGAUCGCUUUGGGAUCUUUUGUUUUAUUGUAUGGACAUACCAAAGAAUAAAUGUCAUCACCCAAUCAGAUAUUAUUGUCAAAGUGUAUUGUAACACUUCGUUUUGAUUGCUAUUCUUAUGCACCUCUGGAGAUUUACAGUUGGCAAAGGAUAUAGCUAUUAUAAUAUUAUAUGUAAUGAUAUAUGUUUACCUUUCCCCAAUCUUUGGGAUAGGUCGGAGAACAUAUGUAAAAGGAAAGACCGCCACCAUCAUUGAAGAACAUGAGCUAGGAAUUCAAAUCUCAAACACUUGAUAUUAAACACUUCUGUAACAAUACUGUUUGUUAGUCUGCAAUAUCAUUUACCAGGUGAUUUUAUGUACAACAUCGUCACUGUAUGAUCAUAACUAGGCUGUUACAAGAAGGUACAGAUUUGACAAUGGGAUAUAGCUAUAUGAAAAACUUAUUGUUUUAUGAGCAUGUUUGCUAUUAGAAUAAGUGCUCAGCACACUGAUUAUUAGAACAUGAGAAAUAUUAAGAGAGGUGAAUUGAAUAUCCUGAAAUCUUACACACCUGACAAACUUUGAAUAACACUUUGACUUGAUUUAAAGAAAGUUUAUCAUUUGUUUAAUGGGUUUUGUGUCUGUUACAAUUAUAUUUCUGCAAACAAGAUAAGAACACAAAUUCUCUGACCAAAUUGUUGCUAAACUGGGAUGAAUUAUGAAUUUUACUGAUUGUGCAAUUUUUAAAAUUGACUCGAAAAUGUGAUCUAAUUAAAAAUUACUGAAUAUAGCCCUAUAUGUGAUAUUUCAAAAUUCUGAAACUCUUGAAUUUUAUUUUCAAUCUGGACUUGCCUGAAAAUUGCCCAUUAUGUGAUAUUUUAACUUUGCUGAAGCAGAUGUGUUAUUUUCUAUCUGAGAAAUGUCUACAUAUGUGUCAUUUUGAUUACUUUUCUAAAAUGAAUUGAUUAAAUAUACUUGAUAAUGAUGUUUUCUUGUAGGUUUUGGUAAGAUUUCCAUACAUACAAUUGAAUAUUGUUCAACGUUAUUGAUGAAUAACUUAAUUAUUAAAUGUCAAGUUGUACAGUAAAAUGUGAUGAUAAUUUCCAUUUUCCGUCCAUAUCACAAUAAAUUAUGUCAUUGACGUGUACAGCAUGUAGAUUAGUCAAUAUUGUGAUAUGUGUUUAAAAAACAACAACAGAAUUCCUCAUCUUUAUAGACAAUGUCAUUUUAAAGAGAAUGGUUUCUUUUUGAAUUUUCAAACUUUCCAUGUUUACACUUAGCUUUAUUUUGAAAAUAUUCUCAAUUUUUCAAGUGUUGAUUAAAUAAGAAAGAUUUCAUGUUUAUUGAUGGCCUUACAAUUUUUGUUAUGAGAUGAUUCAGAUGAAGUAAUUUGGAUUGAAAUCAUUUGCUUCAAAAUUAGUAGAUCUCAUUGUGUAAUCUAUUUAUGAUACACAGAAUGUUCUCAAAGAGUAUAAAAUGUUGCAAUAUUGUCAUAUUCAUUGUGAAACUUGUCUGAUAACGUUGUUGCUCCCUAAACAAUACUGUGAUUUUUCGAGGUUCUGCUAUAAUGUAGCAUACAGGUGGUUUUAAUAUAAAGCGGAAGAGAUCAUCGACACAAUUGGUACCUAUUGUUAUCAUACUGUUAGCCUAUAGUAUUUUUUUGUUACAUUUAUGUGAUAUUAAAACAGUUACCACAGUAA